AUGUCUGGCCGUGGCAAAGGUGGAAAAGCGAAGGGAAAGUCAAAGUCCCGUUCGAAUAGGGCUGGUCUUCAAUUCCCGGUUGGUCGUAUCCAUAGACUUCUUCGUAAAGGAAAUUACGCUGAACGUGUUGGUGCAGGAGCACCCGUGUACCUUGCAGCCGUAAUGGAGUAUUUAGCGGCUGAAGUAUUGGAAUUGGCGGGAAACGCUGCCCGUGACAACAAGAAAACCAGGAUCAUUCCUCGUCAUCUUCAACUCGCCAUUCGUAAUGACGAAGAGUUGAACAAAUUACUCUCUGGUGUAACCAUCGCUCAAGGUGGUGUACUGCCUAAUAUUCAAGCUGUUUUAUUACCGAAGAAAACCGAGAAGAAAGCUUAA